AGUUGAAGAUGAACCCACAUCGCCAGUGACAAAAACAAAUGAGAAAACCGGGUUCAUCACGCCCCAACAGAAUGGCGGCGAAGAAUCCCCCCCUCCUGAGAAGGAGCGGGCGGAUCAAGAGGACACAGAGAAGAGCCACGCGGGGCCCGUUCCUCACUGCGCGGGGCCCAAUGACGACCUCUACGCGAUCCCCGUCAAGCUGCGCCCCAAGAAGGAGCCCCAGCUGCCCCCGGGGUGGGAGAAACAUGAGGACAACGACGGUCCCUACUACUGGCACAUAAAGAGCGGGACAAUCCAGCGGGAGAUCCCCAAAAUGCCGCCGGUCGAGGCCCGGGAGUCCCGGAUCUCCAUGGUGCGCGACUGCUCCAACUUGUCUGAAGUGAACAAGUAUGAAGGAGUCAUGACGGGUUCCGUCACCAGGAGUACUACUAGUGGGGCGCUGGACCAUGACGCUCAGGAGGCUGAAAGGAAGAGGAAAGAGGAGAUGUCUUACAAACGCCGCAGUUUCCCAGCCCGUCCGGAGCCGGACAACGGGCGCGCCGUCCGGUUCUUCGUCCGGUCGCUGGGCUGGGUGGAGAUAUCCGAGUCUGAUCUCACGCCGGAGCGGUCCAGCCGCGCCGUCAACAAGUGCAUCGUGGACCUCAGUCUGGGUCGCAACGACCUGCUUGAUCAAGUCGGCCGUUGGGGAGAUGGCAAAGACCUGUUCAUGGACCUGGACGACGGCGCCUUGAAGCUGAUCGACCCUGAAAGCCUGACCACGCUGCACACGCAACCCAUACACACCAUUCGUGUGUGGGGAGUCGGCAGGGAUAACGGACGUGAAAGGGACUUCGCGUACGUGGCCCGCGACCGCGCGACGCGCAAGCACAUGUGUCACGUGUUUCGUUGCGAGGCGCCUGCGCGUAGCAUUGCCAACGCGCUCCGGGACAUAUGCAAGCGGAUCAUGAUCGAGCGUUCGCUGCAGCCUCCACCCAGGCCCACGGAUUUGCCGGCAGCGAGGCGCCCUAGGCCUUUAGCAGGCGCGUCAUUCCCCACACCAAUGGAAGAACCACGCAAGACAGUGCGCGCGCGUUACUUAGGCAGCGCGGAGGUGCCGCGUGCGACCGGCAUGGACGUGCUAAAUGACGCGCUCGAGCGCUUGGCCGCAGCACGCGCGCCGUCAGCUUGGCGCCCUGUGGCUGUGGCCGUGGCGCCUUCUAUGAUUACCAUUACUGAGGAGGGGGAGAGCAGCCCACUAGUGGAGUGCCGCGUGCGCUACUUGUCGUUCCUGGGCAUCGGGCGCGACGUGCGGCGCUGUGCGUUCAUCGUGCACACCGCGCAGGAUCUCUUUGUCGCUCACGCCUUCCACGCCGAGCCCUCUUCCGGCGCGCUGUGCAAGACUAUUGAGGCUGCUUGCAAGGGACAAGGUAGAUCUUGGGUACAACAUAUCAAAUCAGCAAGGCUGGUUUUAGAGUCACGCUGA